CCAACUGCUUUAGCAACUUUUUCGUUAGAGAAAUAUGUGUUGGGUUUCCUUAACUAUUCGUGUAGUAAAAUUUAUUUAUCUGGAUUUUGUUUUUUAGGAGAAUUUAUCUUGAUUUUGAAUUUUUAUUCAAUAUCAGAUUUUGGGAAAUUCAAAGGUUUUUUUUCUUCUUCUUUUUAUUCUCAUCCACUGCAUUCAUCCCAUAGUGUCAGUGAGAUUUAAACUCAUGAAUCAUGACCUCCCACAGUUUUCAUUAUUCGACGUAACCACAUCCCACAGCUCACAUUCUCACAACAACUCAAAGCCUAAUAUCAUCACUUUGUGGCAUAAUUUUUAUGAUUAGACGCUUUUUCUUGGUUGAAAAACUCAGUUUUUUUUUUUCAUGAAAGAAAGAAAUUCUUUGCCUUCUCCUUUUGCAGAAAUGUUUUGUUUUUUCUUCCAAAGGCAGAAAUAAAAGGAGGAUUUCUGCCAUAAGGGCGCAUGAAAGUUACUCGACCCAGAUAAUCCAACUUUGCAUAACCGCCUCGUCUGAAACGAAAAUCGGAAAACAACAAAACGGAGGCAAAAGCCCACGCAAUUUGCAAGCAAUGGUGACGUAUGUUGCAGAAACCUCCAUUACUACGCGUCGUUCUUCCCCUCUGCCCUUUGCCGAAUGGCCUCCAGAUCAUCACUUUGCGCAUUGCUCGAAGCCAAUCAGGCUCGGACUCAGCUCCGGUCUCUCCGAGGCUAAGCCUACGUACGCCUGCCUACCACUGUCACGAAGAGACUUAUAAAUGUGACAGAGCGAGGAGCGGCUAGCUCAACCACUUCACGCUAAAAAUACCGUCUCUUGUGAGCCAGAGAGAUUCUGAUCAGAAGCCGUAUGAAGGUGUGUAGUACUGCAUGUUGAAUUAAAAUGGAGAAUUCCAGCACUGAUAAAUCGGAGGUCUGCGUCGACGCUGCCGAAGUAGAUUCAGAAGAAAUGACAGAGGACAUGGAAACCAAGCACAUGUUGGAGCAUGACCCAUCCUUCUCCAACUCGUGCAUUGAAUGCCGGAUAUGCCAGGUCGAGGACUCCAUUGAUGAAAUGGAGUCUCCUUGCCGGUGCAACGGCACCCUCAAGUUUGCUCACCGAGAUUGUAUCCAGCAAUGGAUCAACUUGAGUUACAAGACCACUUGCGAAAUUUGUAACCAGCCGUAUGAGGGUGGUUAUACAAUACCGGUGCCGCCCCCAGCACCACCGCCACGGCAGCCUACCAGGAGGGAGGCCCUGGACACUAUAAGGGCUAGAAGAGCGCAUGUGGCAGUAGACGCAGAGGUAUAUCGUGCUCGACUAAAUGCGGCAAAUAGUGCCAUUUUAGGUCGAAGUUUUGUGUGCCGCAUUGCUCCUGUCAUUGUGAGUCAUCUUAACUGUUUAAUAAUUAUACACUCAAUUAUAUGCAGAAAGCAAAAUGAUAUAUCUGUACACAUGAUAGCUAGCUAUUUUCUUUUGUGUUCUUAUAGGUUAUCUGUUUAUACAUCAUCGUCAUAAUGAGUAACAUAGGCAGCGGGUAACAUAGGCGGCGCCCAUCACGUUCGAAUUCGAUCACCUUCACCGUCUCCCUUACCCAAGCCCCUGGUGCUGCUGAUAAUAUACUACUGAUCGGCGGGGUUAAUGGUGGAAUUAAGAAAUGCUUGGCAUUUCUGCUGCGGUGAAGAAUGGUCCAUGCAUAACCAUGCUCUUCUGACAUGGGUUUGCAAGUGCGCGCAUGCGUGGGUUAGCUCUACCCUAGACAGAUAGGCUCCAUCAAUCAUCAAAAGGAAACAGGGCUAAGGCAUCGAUGGAUGAUAUUGGCCGUUAGAAUGACAAAAUCACGGCGGCAUUGCAGUCAAUUAUAUAUAGUUAAAUCUCUGUGUUUAUCACUCUGUUUACGAUUAUGAUGAACAUGUGUUGCAUUGAUAGUUUGUUUCUUGGAUGAUCAUGAGUAAAGAUGGUUAAAAGAACCAUGUAAAAAGUACAAUAUAGCUAUGGCUACUGAUCAAUUUUGCUCUUGUAAUUUGUAAUUCUUUCCUCGGAACAUUUCUUAUCAGUACAUAAGCAAAUUUUGUUAAUCAAGGUUAAAAGUCUUAGUUUUAUUAA